AUGACUGAGCUGGACAAUCAAACUGGAUCUCUGAUCAUCACAAACAUCACAACUCAACACGCUGGACUCUAUAAACUAGAGAUAAGUGGAGCAAAACUGAUAUCAAAAACAUUCAGUGUUUCUGUCUUUGCUCGUCUUCCUGUUCCUGUCAUCAGCAAUAACUCUUCAAACUGUUCUUCGUCUUCAUCAUCAUCUUCAUCACAGCAGAAUUGUUCAUUGUUGUGUUCAGUGGUGAAUGUGGGUCAUGUGACUCUCUCCUGGUACAAAGGAAACAGUUUAUUGUCCAGCAUCAGUGUGUCUGAUCUCAGCAUCAGUCUCUCUCUACCUCUGGAGGUGGAAUAUCAGGAGAAAAACAGCUACAGCUGUGUGAUCAACAAUCCCAUCAGAAACCAGACCACACAUCUGGACAUCACUCAACUCUGUCAGCCAUGUUCAGACUCUGUGUCUCUGAUAGUGUUGGUCUCUGUUUCUGCUGCUGCUGGAUCUCUGUUGAUGUUAGCUGCAGUCGGGUUCUUCUUCAUCUACAGAAGACACAGGAAAAGGGAUCAAGAAGGCAAGUGUUACCUACUGCUUUUAAAAAGUAUUAUAACAAAUGCUAAUAAAUAUGUAUUGAUAAUUAUCAUAAUCAAAAUUUAAAUGCCAAUUAUUCUCAUCAACUAAUGUGCUUUUUUGCAAUUUCUGUAGAUGGAACUCAUGAAUGUCUAAAUAUAUGUGACAAUGAACACAGCUCUUUACUCAUCUCAGUGUGUGUGUGUGUUUGUGUGGAACAGUUAAAAUUAAAGUUGUUAAUGCUUUUUUAAGAAGUUGCACUUCUAAAUAUUUAAAUGCAUACAUUAAUGUUUUCAUUUCGAUAGCCCUAAUAUUAACACCACAUACUGUAAGUUAUGAAGAAAUGAAUCCAGCUAAGAUUGAGUUUAGUUGUUUUAAUGUAUCUGUUGGUGUUGCUCUUACUAAAACAGUCCAGACUUGUGAAGAAGAGAUCACUUACGCUGACCCCACAUUCCACAAAAGAACAGCACAGAAAUCGAAUGUUAAAAAGGAAGAUCAUGUUGAGUAUGCACCGAUUGCCAUGAGAAGAUGAUCAAACUUAAAUCCUUCCCCAAGUACAAGAACUCUUAAAUCUCCUUCAACAACCUCGGUUUCAGAGCUUUAGGAUUAACAGCAGGAUCAUUCUGAAGCAAUGUAAUUAAAGAUGGAUUCGUGAAAUGGUCUCCUCCAAAGUAUUUGUUUUGUAGUACAAAGACUUUUAACUGUGGCCAGUAGGAGAAUUCUCAUGUUACUCUUAAAGACACAGUGUAUGUUAAUA